AUGCAAACAAUCAGCCCCGUGACCGAGACGACGCACCUCACCGCUCCCAAGCUGCUGGACGACAAUGCAGCGGUCGCCAUGGUUGCCGAGCGCCCGGAGCUCACGUGGGAGAUUGUGUGGGCCAAAACUGACGUGAGCGCCCAUGUCCGGCGGCACUUGCUUCGCGUCUACAUGACGCUUGGAUGCAUGCUUCUCUUUGCCGCUUUGGGAGUCGUGCUCGACUUGAUCUGGCCUGUGCACCCCGCCAUCACGGGCCUUGCGAUCGCGAUGCCACUGAUGCUCCUCAUCGCCUACACGUCGCCCGAGUUGGUCGUUCUCCGCGUAAGUGGUGCCAUGCUGCUCGCCACUGCGCUCGGCGCCAGCAUUGGCGGCACGGUCCAACAUGCGCUGUCCGUCGACUCGUCCCUUGUCGGCGUCGCCUUUGGCUGCACGAUGCUCAUCUUUGUCGUUAUGAGUUUGUGCGCUUACUGCGCGACGCGCCGCAGUGCGCUCUUCCUUUAUGGCUUUCUCGUCUCGGCGCUGCUCGUGCUUUUGGCCGUCGGCAUUGCCAACAUAUUUAUCCAGUCCAAGCUGCUCGUCUGGCUCGGUUUGUAUGUGGGCCUUGUGCUCUUCUCCAUCUUUGUGAUUGUCGAUACGCAGCUCAUCAUUGAGCGCAUCAUGUUUGGCGAAGACGACUUUGUCGAGCAUGCGCUCGACCUCUUCACGGAUAUUGUCGGUAUUUUCGUGCGCCUGUUGACACUCCUCUCGAGCGACGACGAUGACGACGAUGACGACGACGAAUAGAACCCAAAGGACAAGGCAGGGUAGACUCUCGGGAUCUAUGAUAAAUACAUUGCGUCG